AUGCAUUCCAUGUCUCGGUUGGAUAGAUCCAGUACUGCCUGGUCUAGGGAUUGGUGUUCUGAUGCAAUGCUUCGAUCUCAUGGUUUACUCAAAUGUUUAGCCCAAUGUCAUGUUGUUCUUGGCCUAAUAAUUUUCAUAUUAGCUGCAUUAGCAGAUUAUGUGAGUUCAAGAAUUCAUACAAUUAGAAUGAUUGGUCUCGAAGAAUGCUGCUCAUUCUACUUCAUUUUGACGGGUAUAAUUGGAAUUUGUGGUGCGGCCAGUCGUCGUCGUGCUUUGAUAUUGGGAUUCAUGAUAAUGAGCUUGCAUGCUAGCUUAAUUUUCGCACCGGCAAUAAUUAUUGUUUCAAGCUUCGACAUACAUUUUUAUCAGGCUGAGUGUUUCGGUGAAUGUGAUUGGCACCUAUUAGGAACGAGUCUACCACAAAAUAGCAGAUGUCAAAUUCUUUGUGGUGAAAAUAUUGAUGACAAUAGGAGAAAUUCGAUGACACGACUUGGGACUGAAUAUCGACUAGAUGCUGGUAUUAUCGCAGCAACAAUAUUGCAGUUGAUAUUGUUCUUGGUAUCUGCUUUUGUUUGUUGUCGCGAAAUAUGUGUUAGUUAUCGAUCAGUCAUCAAAAGCGAAAACAAUCAGCAAAUGGAUAUGAUGACACCGCUAAAACUACCAGACAGCACAAUAAAUUGA